GAGGAGAGGAGGAGGACGGGAGGACGGAGGGACGGCUCGGGCGGUGUCUGCCUGUGCGUCCGUCCGGUUACAGCAGGAAACCCAACACCGUGGCAUUGGGGGACAAAGCGCUGCGCUCUCCCCUCCUGCGGCGCAGGGUAUAAAACCUCCCCGGGGGGGGGGGAACGCGACCCGCCUGCAGCUCUCUGCCCGCUGGCGAGGGGGCCCCCGGGGCCACUGCCGUACCCUGGCCCCAUGGCCACGGGCGAGCUGACUGAGCUGGAGACAGCCAUCGAGAAGAUCGUCACCGUCUUCUUCACCUACGUGGGGAAGGAGGGCAAGAAGGGCACGCUGACGGCUGGCGAGUUCAAGGAGCUGGUCCAGCUCCAGCUGCCCAACCUGAUGAAGGAUGUCCCCUCCCUGGAGGAGAAGAUGAGCGAGCUGGACGUCAACAACGACGAGGAGCUGAAGUUCGGGGAGUACUGGCGGCUCAUCGGGGAGCUGGCGAAGGCCGUGCGGCGGGAGAAAGCGGGGAAGAAGUGA